AUGGAUAUAUUAAGUAAAGCAAUACGUUUCUUCUGUAUAUUGACUUUCACACCACUGUAUUGCAUAGCACAGUAUCACACUCGUAACGAUGCAUCAUUGUUAGGAAGUAGAGAACUUGGUUUCGGAGGACAGAAUAGACAGGCAUACCGUGAAGUACAGCCUCAGUCACCGUCUUACUUUGGUUAUCGUACUUAUCCGCUAGAUUCUCGUAUGCUGCUUUCAGAUGGUCAUGGUUUCGAAAUACAAAAUACACAGACACUUCAACAAGCACAGCCUCUGUUGCAGGCAGAAUAUGGUAGCUAUUCUCGAGGUCCUCGUGUGUCACUUUUCGAAGGUCUUCAUUUUGGUAUUCAGAAUAGACAAUCGCACCAACAAGCCGAGCGCCAGUCAAAGCCAGUUUAUGGUACAAAUAAUCAAGGUUCACGUUUGUCACUUUUCGGAGGCCGAAGUCGUAUGCUUUCUGCACAAGCAAAUAGGAGGGAAGACUUACAAGACCAAACAGAGAACCGGGUUGAAAAUUUGCAAGAUCAUAUCGCUGAAAAAGAUGGACGUCGAGUUGAACAAGACUCUAACUAUUCUGAAAUGGUCCAAAAACAGAAACAAAAUCAGGUCAACAAUAACGAUUGGGACUCUUUUGUAACAAACCGUUGGAUUUCCUAUGAAGAUGCGAGUGACAAUGGAUUAGACUCGACAGAUAGUCGUGUUGAAAAUAGAGUAGAACAAUUUGAACACAUACACGAUGAUCGACCUGCCGAUAUUACUGAAGAUAGAUUAGAUACAUCCAAAGAUCUUAUAGAAAAUAGGGUAGAUACAGUUGGAGACAAAAUAAACAGCCACUAUAAAAACAACGAUAAAAAUGAAAAUGACAGGGGCUAUGUUAAUUUAUGGCGUAGUUUUAAUAAUGCUAAAAUCGAUACGCAAUCAGAUGGAUGGGAUUCCAUUGAAGAUACGGUUGGUAAUCGAUUAGAGUUGACAGAAAAGCGUGUUGAAAACAGAGUAGAACAGAUUGAAAACACACUUGGUGAUCAAUCUGCCAAUAUUAUUGAAGACAGAUGGGAUACAACCAAAGAUCUAAUAGAAAAUAGAAUAGACCAAGUUGAAGAUAGAAUUGGUAACAACAAUAACAAUUACAAUUCAUAUAACCUUUAUGAUAACUCUAAAGGCUAUUCAAAUUUAUGGGAUAGUUUAAAUAAUGUUCAAACCAGUACAGAAGUAGGUGAAUCUAAUUCCUUUGAAGAUGCGGUUAAAAAUCGAUUAGACUCGACAGAUAAUCGUGUUGAAAAUAGAAUAGAACAGAUUGAAAACACACUUGGUGAUCAAUCUGCCAAUAUUAUUGAAGACAGAUGGGAUAUAACCAAAGAUCUAAUAGAAAAUAGGGUAGAUAAAGUUGAAGAUAGAAUUGGUAACAACCAUUACAAUUCAUAUAACCUUUAUGAUAACGCUAGAGUCUAUUCAAAUUUAUGGAAUAGUUUAAAUAAUGUUCAAACCAAUACACAAGGAGGUGAAUCUAAUUCCUUUGAAGACGCGGUUGACAAUCUAUUAGACUCGACAGAUAAUCGUGUUGAAAAUAGAAUAGAACAGAUUGAAAACACACUUGGUGAUCAAUCGGCCAAUAUUAUUGAAGACAAAUGGGAUACAACCAAAGAUCUAAUAGAAAAUAAAGCAGAUAAAGUUGAGGAUAGAAUUGGUAACAAUAAUAACAAAUAUAAUUUAUAUAACCUAUAUGAUAACGUUGAAGACAAAACUGACAAUCACAAUAAUAACUACCGUUUGUAUAAUAAUGAUAAAGGCUAUGUCAGUUUAUGGGAUAGUUUAAAAAACAUCCAACAUGUUGAAAAUAGAAUAGAACAGAUUGAAAACUCACAUGAUGACCAUCCUGUCGAUAUUAUUGAAGACAGAUGGGAUACAACACAAGAUGUGAUAGAAAACAGGGUAGAUAAAGUUGAAGACAAAAUUGAUAACCAUUAUGACAAUAAUAACAUAAAUAAUGACAGAGGCUAUGGCAAUUUGUGGAAUAGUUUAAAUAAUACCAAAACCGAUUCACAAUCAAGUGGUUGGAAUUCUUUUUUAUCGAACAUAUGGGGUUCCAGUGAAAAAGCGGUUGACAAUAAAUUGGACGGACUAGAAGAUUAUGUUGACAAUAAAGUAGAUCGGAUUGAAAACACACAUGGUGAACAGGUUGCGGACGCCCUCGAAGAUAAAUCAGAGGCAACUGAAGAUCGGAUAGAAGACAUGGAUGAUGAUAAAAAUAACUGGUUUGACGAUGUUUAUCAUCAUGAUAAUCUUGAUGUUCAUGAUGAUGGUGAUGACGAUCGUAACGACUACAAUAAUGAUAAUGAUAACUCUUGGAGCAGCUUUCUCAAUAUCUGGUCUAGUGUAAAAUCUACAAAUAACUAA